AUGGCCAACCUUUCAGCUGUGCCACGCUAUAUUGAGAUUGCCGUUAAUUUAGGUGAUCCCAUGUUUCAGGGCGAGUAUCAUGGGAAAAAGAAGCAUGAAGGGUCUUAUGCAGGUGAUCUCGAGCAUGUUAUUCGACGUGCCGAGCAGGCUGGUGUCUCGGCGCAGGUUAUCACGGCUGGCGCCUUGACAGAGCUUCCGUCUGUACUGCAGCUAACGGAUAUGCGUUCCUCGUUUUUCUGUACGGCAGGCUGUCACCCUACACACAGUUCAGACAUGGAGACCUAUGAAGGCGGUCCUGAAGCGUUUGUGUCGCGACUGCAGCAAUAUAUCCAGGAACAUGACCGCAUUGUAGCUACUUAUGCAGACUAUGACCGUCUUCACUUUGCUUCUGCAGAAACGCAGAAGCGCUGCUUCGACCUUCAGCUACAAAUGGCCACCAAAGUCCGACUUCCCCUCUUCCUGCACUCACGAGCUGCGCAUAAGGAUUUUGUGGACAUCCUGAGGCCUUACCUGAAUUCGUUGCGGCCACCUGAAAUACAGACGGACAAAAGUAGUCCUGGAAGUGUUGGUGUAGUGCACAGCUUCACGGGUACGGCAGAAGAACUCCAUGAGUUGCUCGACCUCGGACUCUACAUCGGCGUGAAUGGUUGCUCGUUAAAGACCCAGGAGAACCUGGAUGUUGUGAAGCGGAUUCCCUUGCACAGGAUCCUUCUAGAGACAGGUAUGUGCUCUUUAACUAAUGGUAGACGCCCCGUGUACCUGGACGAGUUCAAGGCAAAGGAGCGAGAGCUAGCUGCUGUGUACUCGCCGCCGAGAGCUAAACCCGAGAAGUGGUCACCAAUGACAGCUGUCAAAGGACGCUGCGAGCCAUGUCAAAUCGGGGAGGUCGCAGCGGUUGUCGCGAGAAUCCAGGGCGUGUCACUCGCUACGCUGGCUGCCCACGCGUACCAAAAUGCCGUAGCGCUGUUUCGGCUACCAGUCUUAUAG